GAAAAGAUGAUUAACAUGUAUAAAGGGCUUUCCCUGCAGUAUAAAUAGGAGCACGCGCCCUCCUGGCGCUUUAGAGCCCUCCUGAUGUAUAUAUGCAGACAGGGAGGUUUGAAACGGCCCUUUGAGACGGUAAUAUAAUCAAACUCUGAUUUGGGGAACAGCAGUUCUCCCAUUUUUCUAUCUUCUCGUGGGAAUGAGUUGCCAACCUUUUACUUCGGCCGAUACCUUUAUACCUUUGAAUUCAGAGUCUUCUGCAACUCUGCCUUUGAUAAUGCAUCACAGUGCUGCCGAGGGCCUACCAGUCUCCAACCACACCACCAAUGUGAUGUCGACAGUCCCGUCUAUUUUGUCUUUGAUCCAAACUCCUAAAUGUUUGCACACAUAUUUCUUGGUGACAACGUUGGGAAACACAGCAACAGGACUUCAUUAUUCUGUUCCUUCCUGUCAUUAUGGAAACCAGCCAUCCACCUACGGAGUGAUGGCAGGUAGCUUAACCCCUUGUCUCUAUAAGUUUCCUGACCACACCUUGAGUCAUGGCUUUCCUCCCAUGCACCAGCCCCUCCUGGCGGAGGACCCCACAGUCGCUGAUUUCAAGCAGGAACUCAGGCGGAAAAGUAAACUGGUUGAAGAGCCAAUAGACAUGGAUUCUCCGGAAAUCCGAGAACUUGAAAAGUUUGCCAAUGAAUUUAAAGUGAGAAGAAUUAAGUUAGGAUACACCCAAACAAAUGUUGGGGAAGCUCUCGCAGCCGUGCAUGGCUCUGAGUUCAGUCAGACAACUAUCUGCCGAUUUGAGAACCUGCAGCUCAGUUUUAAAAAUGCAUGCAAACUGAAAGCAAUAUUAUCCAAAUGGCUGGAGGAAGCUGAGCAAGUAGGAGGUUUAUACAAUGAAAAAGUGGGAGCAAAUGAAAGGAAAAGGAAACGAAGAACAACUAUAAGUAUUGCUGCUAAAGAUGCUCUGGAGAGACACUUUGGAGAACAGAAUAAACCUUCCUCUCAAGAGAUCAUGCGGAUGGCUGAGGAACUGAGUCUUGAGAAAGAAGUAGUAAGAGUUUGGUUUUGCAACCGAAGGCAGAGAGAAAAACGGGUGAAAACAAGUCUGAAUCAGAGUUUAUUUACUAUUUCUAAGGAGCACCUUGAAUGCAGAUAAGAUUACCUAUUGUGUAAUAGCUGAUUUUCCUAUUUUUCAUUCCUUUCUCCUUUCCAACAAAAAUAUAAAUUAGUCAUUUGGUUGGGUUCAAAAAUCAUUUUAUAUCAAAGACUUUUGAAGAAACUUUCUUUUCUAUAUUGAAAAAGAAGACAAUUUAAAUUCUAUUGAUGAAUUAUUUUCUUUAAAAUAGUUAUUCUCAGAAGUUAAAUUGUAUAUUUUUAAGCCAAAGAUACUAAUAGGAAUCAAUUAUUCUUCAAUCCCUCUUUCCUUUUAGCUCUAUCUACACACACACAGUGUACAUGAAUCUUUUAGUUUAAAGAUUCCUCUUCCAAAGACUGUUUAUUAGCUUUUUAUAUUUCAAUUAGUAAUGUUAAACAGUUAAAGAAUACUACCCUAGAAGAUCCAAUUAGAAAAUUCAUUUAUCAUGUCCUGCUUACCACUAGCUCUUAGAGUUUAUUUGAACUAAAAGUUUUAUACUUAGGAGCAACAGGUACCUUGGAAUUUCAUCAUUGCAUUUAAGAAUAAAUCUUAAUCAGAAGUGUCAUCUUUUGGCUAAUAUUUAGGGCAUAGUGUCCAAAGAAGUGUUUCAAAAGAAAUUUAUAGAAUCAUUAACAUACCUUUUAUUGUUCCAAGACAUUGGCUUUUUUGUAUUUAGUUACAGAAAAUAUGCUUUAUGGAUUCUUGAACUGCAUGCUGCUCUCUUCUGUAAGCUACAACAGUACAGGAACCACGUUUGUCUUAUUUACUGGUUUUCUCCAGUGCCUGGGAGAGUGUUUGCUCAGAGCAAGCCUGCAACUUUUGUUAAAUGAACAGAUGUGCUGUUAACAAUGGUACAAACGUGAAGGUUGCCCAAUUUAAUAAUGUUGUUUAUUUUUGAACUCUCACUAGAAAAUAAUCUGAGGCCCUGUCAAAAAGACUGUCACUUUGGUUAGAAUAUGAUUUAUUAUUAAAAAAAAGUUUGAUAUACUGAGCUUUUCAAAUUCAGGGAAUUGCUUCUCAAGGCUUAUACUUAAUUUGUAAGAGUGCACUUUUUUGAAAUUUGCAAGAAGCAAACUGUAACAUAAUAAUCUAUUUUUUUUGCAUUUUGAAUGUAAAUCUGACAAUGUUUAUCUAAUUUAUGUAACAAAAGUGGAGAAAGUUAUACUAAAUUUUAGUACUGACUUGGAAUGUUUACUAAAUAAAUUUUACUGUCCAGUCUCUUGCUUUUUGUGAUAUUAAGACCAAGCAUUAUACAAGUCAUAAUGUAUGUAGAUUGUAUGUUUAUGCACAAAGCACCACCAUCAAUUGGAUGGUUAGAAACAUCAGUUUAUUAGCAAAAAAAAAAAGGUUGUUUUCAGUGGCCUAAUCAUCCAUGUUUAAGCACAUAUCUAACACCCACAAGGUAUUAAAUACAGUAUAUGAAGGCUUUUCUUAUUCAAGAGUAAAUUCCAAAUUAUUCAGCCACAUACAUGUGUAAGUUCCUUCCUUGGAUAACUCACCUGCUUAUAACAUACACUAAUUUGGAAGGGAUUCUUUAGUUUGACAAAGGCAGGGAUAGAAUGUACAUACAUACAUACACACACACACACACACACACACACACAAAUACAUAUAUGGACACCUUUGAAACUGCAAAAAGGAGGCAAAAUGUAAUGCAGUAUAAAUCUAGAAUAGGGAUUUUUUUUGCACUUUAAAUAAGAAUGUGCUGGGAAUGUUUAAUCUGACUCACUUUAAAUUACAGAACUAAGCAUGCAUAUAUAUAUACCUAGGUCAUCACAUACAUGAUCAUAUCAUCAGACAUUCAUCAUAGUAAUUCAAGUUCAGAUACAACUAGCAUUGGGAAUUGAUUUCUCUCCCUAAAAGUACUUAUUCUGAGUCAAUACUUAAUAAUAAAACAGCAAUUCUUUUAUUUAUAUAUUCACAAGUUAGUUGUAAAUACACUGAUAUCUACUGCUAACUCAUUUGUAUUGAGUUCUGAAACUAUUAUCUUCUAAUAAUGAGAUACUAUUUCAAUAUUGAUCUUUCUAAAAAAAAAAGAAAAUGAUUGUUAUUUAGAAUUCUUAACUGCAAUUAAAUGACAAAUGUGACUUACUGUGCAGUAUCUAUGUGUUUUUACUUUUGGAAAUAAACGUCCAAGGCUAACUUUAGUCAGUCUUUCCAUCUUAUGUUCUUGUGAACUCUCCAAUGGUUAAAUCUUCAGAAUUCAGUAGAGUAGUCUGUUCAAAUGGAAAGACCUGUGUCAUUUAUAUGGAUUGUUACAUUCAAUUUUACCUGGUAGGGAUGAUUGACAUUCAUACAUUUACCUUUUCAUCUCUAAUGGCGGAAAGAUUCGUGUAGUUAAAAAAUAUUUCUAGGGUUUUGGGAUUGAUGGUAUGUGUGUAUGUGUAUGUUUUCAAGUUCUUGGGAGGACAGGGGUGGGAGAAGGAGUGUGUAUGGUGCUCCAAUGCAGGGUACCUGAAAUUGGACUUCAAUCCUCAGGCUUCCUCUAAGGCGAAUAGAGGAAUUUGAUUCUAAUGACUCUUGAAAGAACUAAGAUUAGAUGAAUGGUCUUAAGUCCCUUUAUGGGACUCAGUUACCACAGAGGAAAUUGUAAAGUUCAUCUGUUUUUCUGUAUCUGCAAUGACCUAUUCUUGCAGAGUAAAGGCAUUAAAGGAGAAAGUCAUAGGUCUCUUUUAUGGACACAUAAAAGUUGGACACACCCUGUUUUAAUGUGAGAAUGUCUAACACAGGAGAACAGUUAAAUUAGGCCCAAAGGGAUCAGGCUAGAAGUGUGGCUCCCUGGCUAGUAAGAAAUACAAGUGGCCAAGGAGAAAGUGCAGGCUUCCCCUAAAGACACUCAGAUGCAAAUAAUAAAAUACACAGCACUGUGCAGGUCAAAUAAAGCCCACAGGCUGCCAGAUUCUUUCUGAUUUACAGGGUCACCAUCUUAAGCCCCUGUCCACUAGCCCCUGCCCUAACCAGGUACUCCUCUCAGAGCAUAGAAUACAGUGCAGAACACAAUCACAUCAUGUGUCCUUUUGUUUUCUAAGACUGUUAUUAUCAUCAGUAUUGACAUUUUCAUACUUCUAUAAUAUUACAUUUUCAUAUUUCUAUGAUACUGUGCAAUCUCUUCCAUCCAUGAAUUACACAACUGGUAACAGAAUGUGACACUGGGCUGCAUCCUUCUCAGUAACAGAGAUAUUGCUAUACUCUCCUGCUCUUUCUAUUUGAAACCUCGUUUGAAUAGUUGUUAAGAAAAUCCUUUUGCCAAAAAAGAGGAGUUAGGGAAGCAAGUUUUUUAAAAACAGUAUUUUCAUUAAAUUUAGUGUGUAAGAAUCUUUGUUUCCUAACCUUAAGGAUCUAAAAGGAAGUUUUAUUUUUAGCAAAUGAUGGCGUAACAUUACAAAUUUAUAGUGAUUGUGAAAACUGCCAAUAGAGCGUUUUAUAAAUGUAGUCAA